AUGCUAUUCAAGAAGAAAGAAAAGACUGUAAGUCCAUCUCCAAGUCCACCAAUUGCCCAAGCUCAUUCUGAUCUAAAAAGAGUUAAUUCUGGUCAAUCUAUAAAAUCAAAUGAGUCAAUUAAAUCUAAACAUAAAUUGAAAUCUAUAUUCAAAUCAAAUAAACAUGAUCAUGGAAGUGCUAGUGAAGGUGAUAUAGAUCAAAUUACAAAUAAUAUAGAUUCAAAAUUAGAAAUAGUAAAUGAACAACCAACUUCAGAUGAGUUUAAUAAAAGAAUAAGUACCAUAGUUGAAAAUGAUCAAUUCAGUGAAUCUGAAAGUGAAUUUGAAACUGGAUCGGAAGAUGAUGAAAUAGAGUAUGAUCAUUUACAUCCUGUUAAACCUAAAUUUAUACCUAAUGAACACGAACUCGCCACUCAUUUAUCUACAAUUAUGGGAUAUUGCGGGUUUAAAAAGGAAUCACAACACGUUACUGAAUUAGCUAAUGAGGAGUCAAAGAAAACAUACUCCUUGCUUGAUAAAGUCAAUAAGAUUCAUAAAAUACCAAAGGCAAAUACUGGGGAUAGUGUGAUUGAAGAUUAUCAAGUUGAACUAAUACAAAACCUAUCCUCAAAAAUGGAAAAAAUACUAGAAAAGAAGAAAUUAGACCUACUAAAGAAUGAAAAAUCAUUAUAUCAAAGGUAUGGAAUAAUACGAAAUGUGAUUGGAAGGGGAUCAUAUGGUUUAAUUAAAAUUAUAGAUCCUGAUUCUGAUUCAUCGCAUCCUUUACAAUUGAAUAAAUUUUAUAAUAAAACAUUAUACGUAGUUAAAGAAUUACCAAAGAAAAAAGAUGAGAAUAAUUCAAAAUUUAUAGAACGAAUAAUGUCUGAAUUUGUCAUUUCAUCAUCUUUAAAUAAUAAACAUAUUGUUGAAACUGUUGAUUUAAUGUGUUCAUUAGAUUAUAAAAUUAAUCAAGUUAUGAUUUGUUCUCAAGGUGGUAAUUUAUUUUCAUAUUUAACUACUGGUGUAAAUAUAAAAGAUCAAUGCGUUUCAUAUAUGUCAUUUGACGAAAUUGAUUGUUUUAUAAAACAAAUUGCCAAAGGUUUAAAAUAUAUGCAUAAUCAUGGAGUUUCACAUUGUGAUUUAAAACUAGAAAAUAUUUUAAUUACAUAUGAAUUAACAAAUGAAAACCGAUAUAAAGCUAAAACUGUGCUAAAACUAUCUGAUUUUGGUAAAUCAUUUGUAUUUAAAACAAAAUUUGACGAUAAAGAACAAUAUAUUCAAUCGGGUCCAAUUGGAACUGAACCAUAUAUUGCACCUGAAGAAUACUUGGGUGAUCAUUCUUCAGUGAAAAAGGACAUUUGGGCAUUAGGUAUUAUAGUCCUAGUACUUUAUAACAUUAGAAGACAUUAUUAUUCUAAAAAAGAUCAAACUUAUACUGAUCUAGAACAUAGAUUUACUCAAAAAAUUACCGAUUCACAAGGUUAUGUAACUGGAUACCUUUGGAAAUCAACAGAAUCAAAAUCAAAUGGAUAUAAAGAUAAAGUAUUUAAUGAAUAUUCGCAAAAAAGAAUGAUUGCAAAUUAUGAUACAAAGACCAAAGAAUGGUUAAUUAAAAGAAAGGGAUCUUUUCCACCUAUUGAAGAGAUUUGUCAAGAUGAAGAUGAUGAAUUAAAUGAAUUAAGAAUUAUGAUAUUAUAUAAAGUAUUAGAUAUUGAUCCAUUUAAAAGAAUGAAUUGUAAAGAAUUUCUAGAAAGUGAUUGGAUGGAAUCUAUAGAUGCAUGUAGUUAA